AUUUUCAAUAAGGAUUCAGAUGCAAGCAUUUUUCAAUGAUUUAGGGCCUAUACGUGAAUAUGAUGAAAGAAUCGAAGAAUAAGAUGACACUAUUUAUUCUUAAAUAGUUGUAUAUGAUAGAGAAUCAUUAAAAAUUGAGUAACAAAAUGACAAAGAUCUUUUUGAAGGUAUUCAGAACACUUUCAACAUUGAAUUGCAAGAGACUAUAGAAACAAGUAUAUUUAUAAUGAAAUCGUAAUUUUUAAUUAGCUUAUAUUAAAUAUAAUGAACUUAUUAAAAUUGCUA